GUCAGAGACAAGAGAAUGCUCUGUGUAUUACUGUUUAUUUACUUUUAGUAAUUUGAAUAUUUAAUAUUUAUAAUUGAAUAUAAGAAGUACAAAAAGCGGUGAGAAAAAAAAGUGAAUUGUUUUCGUCUUUAAAACAAAUAUUUGGAGAAAUAAGACUCAUUGUGAAUAAUUUUUGUAUUUACUAAAAAAAAAAUGGUGAUGGAAUCAAAAACCACUAGUAAAACCAGUUGUUUGAAGGCAUUGUUACUUCGAGCUUGGAGAGAAAGAUGGUCUGAUCUUCAGUGGGGUAUAAAUAUAAAAACAGUACUUCCUCGUGGAGUUAGUGGAGACGUUUAUAAUUUAGCUGAUUGUAUAUUGCAACAAGCUGUAGUUGGAGCUGGAGCUAAUCAACUAGUUCUAAGUUAUCUUCGUCAUUCAUUAAGUGCUCAGUUAGUUUCUCAUGCUGCUGUACUCCAAAGAUUGAGUAAAUAUAACCAGUUCAGCAAGAUUUUCUGUGUAUGUAGCUUAUUGGAGUUCUUAGAGAAAAUGAUUCCUGGAGUGACAUGUUGUAGUAAAUUGGAAGAGACUGAGCUCGCUGCUGCUAUCCUCUCAACAGCUUCUUGGUUAUUGAAUAUUAUUCAAAAUUGUAGAGGCCCUUCAGAUUUGAAUCAGAGAGCUACAAUUUUGGCAUCAUGCAUUCUGAAAACUAUAAUGUGCAAUGAUUUUUACAUUUCAAUGAUGUGUUUAGCAAGACACAAUGAUACAGAAUUAUUUGCUGAAACUAGCCAAAAAUGCACAGAGGUAUUGUCAUUUAUGCCAGAAACUGACGAUUGUUACCAAUACGUUAAAAGAUUGGAAAAUAUUGAUGUUAACAUGCUUUCAAUGAAUGUAGAAAGUGAAGAGUGGCCUGGAUGCCUUAUACCGUUUUGGCUCGAGGUGAAAUUAGUUGGCAAUCCUGCUUCCUCUACGGCAACUCUAGUUGAACAACUUAGAUUAUUUCAAAAAUUGAAAGGAUAUGACGAUGCAAGAUUAUUUGUUGAACUCAUAAGAGGAAGCCUAUUGGCCCUUGACGAUGUGAAUCAAACACCACACGAAAGUCAAUGGGGAGCGUUUGCUUUUCUGAAAGUCCCAAAUAUUCUGUCAGAAUUAGCAAAAAAAUCGGAUAGUUGCUCUGUAGCUGACUCCAUAGAGCUCCUACUCCAGCAUACCUCCCUUCUAGAUGCAAUGGAUGCUAAGAGCUCAAGUUCAAGUCUGGAAUGUCUCUUAGGUGAACUUGCAAAAGUUAGAUUAUUGACAGAUUUACAAGUUAAACAUCUUCUUGAAAAAAGAAAAAUGCCUAAACCAAUUAAAUUAGAUAAUGGAAAUGGAACUGCAGGUAUACCAAAAGUAAUAAUUUGUGCUGAACCCACCCUCAAUGGAAUUUUGAAAACCCUGACCACAGAUUAUCACAAAAUACAGGAUGCACUCCUUGGAAUGUUACAUCAAGUAUUAGCUGGGAAAAGUUUUGAGCUUAUUUUGGCUGUUGCUACAGUCCAAGGCCAGCUGGGAACUUUAGUCAGCAGACUUGUACGAUUUAAUGAGUGCUCGAAAUCGGGUGGUGACAAAAACAGAACUCAAUUAUUCGAUAUAAGUUUCCUAAUGCUUGUUGCAAUUGUCCAAAAGUUUGGAGCGAGCACAGUAUUUGACAUAGAUGGAAAUUCUCUAGUUGAACAAUGGGUAAAAUCUUGCAUGGUAGAAAGAAAUAAACCUAAAGCUCCUGAGCAGCUCUUAAGAUUGGGCGAUCCUGCUAUGAUAGAAACUCUAUUGCAGCAGUUCAAUGCUGGAGAUACGGAGAUCAAAGUCAAUGUGAAAUGGCAAGAUGUACUUUUCAAUAUUCCUGGUGUGAUGCACGAGGUAUUAGUUGCUUGGGAACAAGGCUCAUUGGCAGCAUCAGACGUGAAACGAAUUCUGGAUGCUUUGAGAGGUCGAAUGUGUAGCUUACCUCUAGCAGCUGCAGCUUGGCUUUGUGCAUAUAUGCGUACUGCACAACAAGAUACUUUAUUGAAACCUAUCAAUAUGGUUCAGCAAUUAUUAGCUCCACCAACUACAGAUGAAGAAAAUAUGAGAUAUCGUUGGGAACUUACUUGUGAAAUAAUUCGUAGAAUGCAGAGGGAUGUACAGCUGCCAUUACAAGCAACAAAUAGCCAUCAUCUAGUUUCACGACAACCUGCAGUCAAACAACUUCAUGAACUAUGGAAUAAAGCUAUAACUAGAGGAUGGCUGGAUCAUACUUCAGCAAGAGCUGUUCAUUGUUUAUUGGAAACAGCAGGUCCAACAUGGUUGGUACCUUCUGUGGUGCAUGAGUUAUGUAAACUUCGCUACAGAGAUCAGCUGGCAAGAGGUGUGGAUUUAGCCCUAGCGAUAUUUCAUGUUGAUAUUGUUGGUUGUACGUUCGAGUUAUUAUCUCUAGUAUUACCACAGUUGUUAUAUAAUACUUUACAAGCCGAUUUAUUGAAAGAACCUCAAAUGCCUGCAUUAGCUCGUUUGACCAGCUAUUGCAUCUACACUUCAUACAAAACAUUAUCAGGGAUGUGUGAAGAACCACCUAUGAAAAAAAUGUGUCCUGCUGAAGGAUCAGAAGAAAUAAGCGUGGAUCUCCUUAUAAAAAAGUUCCGCCAACUUUUCAUUAUGUUCGAUGGCGGUAUUCAAGAUGGUUUGAUAACCCAACAAACUUAUUUUGCUUUUCAUCUGAUUCGAUGUUUAGUACAAGCUAAUAGUCAAUCUUCUAGUGCAAUUUUGUCGGCCAUUCCACAUGCUCUCAUAUCAGAUUUACUAAGAACAUUACCUGAAGAGUUCAGCUAUUCAUUAUUAUUAAAUCUUCAUGAUGUAAGGACCCCUGGUGGUAAAAUCAACAUGGCACGUGACUUGUGCAUAUUGCGGAAUCAUGAUUUGAGAAGUGUUCCAUCUACAAAUUCUACAUUUUGAUUUUUUUUUGGUAUGCUGUUUUUGCAAGAAAUAUACUUGUAUU